GAACCGUGGCUGCACAUCCCAACGUUGCUCACCGAGCAGAGAACAGACAAGAGGCUCAAUGAAAUUCAUCUUACUGUGUGUGUGGUUGUCCAGUCUGCUGGAUCUGUGCUCUCUGUCACCAAGCUCCCACCAUGACAGUGACAAGAACUGCAACAACAACGUGUGCAACAAGAAUGCCACCUGCAAAAUGAUGGGUGGGAAACUCGGAUGCUACUGUAAUUCAGGCUUCACAGGAGACGGAGUGCGUCACUGCGAAGAUGACGAUGAGUGCCAGAACGCAACUUUGACAUGUGGACAGAAUGCAACCUGCACUAACACUUAUGGGAGUUAUUACUGCACGUGCGUGGAAGGCUACGAGUCCUCAGAACAUAAGAAAAAGUUUACUCCAAAUGAUGGCACCACGUGCCAAGAGAUUCCAGAGACGCCCUGCCAUUUAAAUAAUGAAUGUCUUUCUGGAAGGAUUAAUGAUACCUUGCAUCAGCUUGUCUGUUCCAUCGUAGCUGGACUGCUGCAUUACUUUUUCCUGGCGGCCUUUGCUUGGAUGUGCAUCGAGGGCAUUCACCUUUAUCUGAUCGUGGUUGGAGUGAUUUACAACAAAGGGUUUCUGCACAGAAAUUUCUACAUCUUCGGAUACGGUAGCCCUUUCGUUGUCGUGGGAAUCUCAGCAAUUCUUGGCUACAAGUACUAUGGCACCGAUAAAGUUUGCUGGCUCAGCACAGAAAACAACUUUAUAUGGAGUUUCAUUGGCCCAGCGUGUUUAAUCAUUUUGGUUAAUCUGCUGGCAUUUGGAGUCAUUAUCUACAAAGUAUUCCGACACACUUCCAUGUUGAAACCAGAAGUGAGCUGCUAUGAAAAUAUUAGAUCAUGUGCCCGUGGUGCCAUGGCAUUGCUCUUCCUCCUUGGAGCCACCUGGACCUUCGGUGUUUUGCACAUUAUCAAGGGAUCCAUGGUGACGGCGUAUCUGUUCACUAUCUCUAAUGUAUUCCAAGGGAUGUUCAUCUUUGUAUUUCUCUGCAUCCUAUCAAAGAAAAUCCAGAAAGAGUACUACAGAUUAUUUAAAAAUGUGCCCUGUUGCUUUGGGUGCCUGAGAUGAGGUGGAUUGAAGAUGAAAGACGAAGAUGAAAUGGAAGAAGACAAAGAGAAGAAGGGAUGCAUUUCAGAAGAGCCACAAGCAGUGUUGAUUUGUUAAGAGAUUAUAAUUUAUUUAAAGCUUUAAAUUGGGUAUUAGAUGGGAUGGAGGGGGCACUGUGUGCAGUAUUCCAUGGAAUCUUUACAACUCAACAUGUCUCCAAAUGUACUUGUUUCAUCCUGUAGCUUUGAAAUCUGUUUACAUAGCUUAGAUUGUUUGUGGAAACAGCAAAGGAAAGCUGUGAGCCUUCCUGUGAUGUUCCUCACUUACCGGAGAUUUUUAAACAAUUACACCAUCAAAACAACCAGUCAACAGUGUAGAGGAAUGUCAUCUUAAAUGCACAAAGCUACAUCCACCAGGACAGACAAUUAUAACCUUUAAGUUUACAUUUUAAUACUUGCAGUAAAACGAUUCCUCUUGUAAUGAAAAAGCAGUCAAUUGCCUGUUGCUCGCUGUGGCCACUGGGGAAGGGAAAUCUCUGAAGUUCACAGUUUUUUGAGAGUGUGACCUGAUAAUUAUGGAAUAAAAUCAGACCUUCUCCCCGCUUUCAUUAAAUGAGGGUUUUCUUCCCCUUCUCUCUCCAACCUAGCGCAGUUCUUCUUAUCAAAAAAAAUGGAGAGGAAAUGAAUCAUCUCUUGGUGAAUAAUAGAAUUAAUACAAAGGAAGGGUGAAUGCGGAGAAGGAUGCAUAAAAACUGGUUUCAUCAUAGCCCAGAGGAAUGCCACUCAGCCCAUCAUUAGAUGUGCAGCCCCUUUCUAUCAGGCUGGCAGGUACAGGCUAACACAUUCUUCAUUGCAUCAAGUAGUUUGGUAUCCUAAAGCAACCUGCACUGGAUCCCUGUCUGGUAUUAUCUACAGGGCACUACAUAGCCUUAUUGUGAGAUUAGUCUCGCCAGCACAGUGGGUACUUCUUCAUAAGAAUGUUGCAGCGAUUCAAGAAGGUAGCUGAUCCCUAACUCCAAUACUCUGGACUUAAUAUUGAGUUCAACACCUUCAGAUUGUGAACUCACUCCCACUUCUUCCCUUUCUUUAAGCUUUACUUGUUACAUUCUCUAUCAUCAUAUCCUCUCUCCCCUCCACCCACGUCACUGUGACUGUCUGUUCUUUCCAGUCUGGCAGUUAGACACACCAACGUUCUGUCAUUCUCACAUUCCGAUCUGCAAUAUCAACACCCUUUCUCCCCCAGCCCUCCACCCCUCAAUCCCCCACUUCAUGUCAGCUCUGAUGAAGAGUCAUCUAGACUUGAAACGGUAGCUUCCUCCCUUUCCAUGCAUGCUGCCUGACCGACUGUGAUCUCCAGCAUUUGUUGUUUUCAGGACAGUAAAUGAUAGUCCUACUGAAAUGCCUAUAUCCCCCAAACUACCAAUAAUAUUGACUUGCCUGUCACACUAUCAGCUCAUCUCACUUUUGUUUUCUAUGGGAUAUGGGUAUCAUUGGAAAGGUGCAUCAUUGGUUGCCCAUUCCUAAUGGACCUGAACUGGGCAAUUUAAGGAUCUACUAUAUUUCUGUGAAUUUAGAGUCACAUGUAGGGUAGACCAGGUAAGAAUGGCACAUUCCAGUAAUUCAGUAAUUCACAGUGGUUUAAUGGAAACAAUCAUUCAAUUUUGUUCAUUAAAUUUAAAUUCCACCAGUUCCCUGGUGGGAUUUGAACCCUUGUCAUCAGAGCAUUGGCCUGACACUCUAGAUUAUCAGCCCAGUGAAAUUGCUACUUCAUCACUAUCUCCCAAUCUGAUUAUGAACUACAGCUGACAGUGAUGGAGCAAUGAACCAUUAGCCUUCAUGCCUUCCCCUCCAAGUUAGUGAACUCUGCAGAAAUCUUGUGGAAAAAUGUCCAACAAAAAACAAAAAAUGUUUCAGAUUUACUAUGGUCUCUGGUCUUUCAUGAGAAAUAGGGAUAAACACAGCUAAAGUAUGAGACAGAUUUUAGAUGCUUGAUUGAUGCAAAGUGUUGACCAUGAUAAAUUUUGCAAUUUCAUGACAAUCAUUUCAUUGGCAAAUGUGAAGGGCCAUUCAAUACUGGCAACCUUCCAGCUAUGAGAUAGGAAUCUGUCUAAGCAACAGCCCUUUAGAACUGAGAUGAGGAAGAUAUUGAAUCUGUUGAAACUAUUGUCACAGAAAUCUGUGGAGGCCAAUUCAUUGAGUGUCUUUAAGACAGAGAUCGAUAGGUUCUUGAUUAUGAAGAUCAAGGGUUACAGGGAGAAGGCAGAAGAGUGAGGCUGAGAAACAUGCCAACCAUGAUCAAAUGGUGGAGCAAACUUGAUGGGCCAAAUGGCCCAAUUCUUCUCCUAUAUCUUACGGCCUUAAUGUUUGGUCAACAUUGUUUGAGGGACAAGGUCUCGAGUGCAACCCAUUUCUCUUAAGGUGUCAUAAAACAAAUUAAUUUCUGCCUGCAUAAGCAAAUGAAGCCUCAGUCUCUACCAAAGGAUAUUAGGAAAAUCUUUCCUGCUGUCAGGUGUAGGACCAGACUACAGCAUUAACUUUGCACCCUCUAUCCAGCAAUUCAAAAGCCAGUUGUGUUUCUAACUGAGCCAAGUUGGAAUGCAGCAAUAAGUUGAUAAUGUUACAAUAUGGGCCCAUUUGUGUUACCCAUUGUGGAGUCAACUAGUCCAUUGUGCAUGACAAUCAGAAUACUAUAGCUGGAUGCUUCAAUCUGUUUCUUUAAUAUAAUUCCCAGUGAAUUUUAAUUAAAGAUGUAAUCCAUUUCAAGACAUGUUUUGAUAUUCAUAAUCAAAUAAAAAUUUCAUAACUUUAA